AUGGGUGUGACUGGACUCUGGACAGUCGUCCAGCCCUGCGCACGACCCAUCAAGCUUGAAACCCUCAACAAAAAAAGGCUGGCAGUCGACGCAUCGAUCUGGAUUUACCAGUUUCUGAAAGCCGUGCGAGACAAGGAAGGCAAUGCACUCCGUAAUUCACAUGUGGUUGGUUUUUUCCGACGGAUAUGCAAGUUGCUCUACUUUGGCAUCAAGCCCGUGUUUGUGUUUGACGGGGGUGCACCGGUGUUGAAGAGGGAGACAAUUGCGAAGCGAAGGAGAAGGAGGGAAGGGAGGAGAGAAGAUGCUGUUAGGACGGCAGGGAAGUUGCUUGCGGUACAGAUGAAGCGGAUAGCAGAGGAGGAAAAGGCCACUGCUAGACAGAGGAAUCGGAGGGAAAAUAAACGAGAAAGACAAGAGGAAGUGGAAGUGGUUCCGGAUCAGCCGGUCUAUGUUGAGGAGACUUUCAUGACGGAGAAAGAAAAACGACAGGCUCGGCAGUUCAAGAAGAAGGAUGCAUAUCAUCUGCCUUCGUUGGAGGUUUCGCUGGAGGAGAUGGGGGCACCAAAUGAUCCUCGCAUCAUGUCGAGGGAGGAACUAGAAGAAUAUGCGCGGCAGUUUCAGCAAGGGGAGGAUGUGAAUCUUUACGAUUUCUCCAAGAUCGACUUCGACAGUCCCUUUUUCAUCAGCUUACCGGCUACUGAUCGGUACAAUAUCUUGAAUGCGGCGAGGCUGAGAAGUCGACUACGCAUGGGCUAUUCGAAGGAGCAGUUGGAAACCAUGUUUCCUGAUAGGAUGGCUUUCUCCAAAUUUCAGAUCGAACGUGUCAAGGAGAGGAACGACCUUACGCAACGGCUAAUGAAUAUCAACGGCAUGAAUGGUGAUUAUGCAAUGUAUGAUAUCACUGCAGGGCAGAGGAUUGCCGGAGAGCGGAAUAGAGAGUAUGUGCUGGUCAAAGAUAGUGCGGUUGAAGGUGGAUGGGCACUAGGAGUUGUGAGCAAUUCCAACGAAGGACAGGUUGAUAAGCCCAUCGACGUCGAACGAUACGGGCAGCUUGAAGUGUUUCCGGAAGAGGAACAAGCAUCGGACGAUGAGGGUUUUGAAGAUGUGCCUAUUGAAGGUCUGAAUCGCCUUCCUAAACUCCCUUUUCUUCAAAAAGGAGUCUUUGAUGAAUCGAUGGAGCGGCAAGUUCAGGAAAUGUCUGAGAGGAAGGGUGCUGAAAUGGAAGAUGACUUGCUUUUUGUGCAAGGAAAUACUGGGGAUGAGAGUCUUCAGAAUAUUGAUGGGUUAUUCGAUAGCAAAGGGGACUCUGGGGACGAAGAUCUUCAGCGUGCAAUUCAAAUGUCGCUGGAAUCCCCCAUAGAUACAUCUUUUGAGGAUCUUGCCGUGAAUGCUCUCAGAACUUCGGCACAACCGAAGGUUGCCGCACCGGAAUCGUUUCCUGAAAGUGAUGAUGAUGAAGACUUUGCAACUGCCUUGGCGCGAUCCAAGAGGACAAAAGAAAGACAACCCCCUCCAAAGACGCACCCAUUUGACGGUCCAUUACCUUUCGAGUCGAUUAAGAUUGGCAAGCCCUCUACAACAAAGGAAUCAGCAAAGGGCCAUAGUAUUGAUGCAGAUGCUGGUGGAUUCGAAAGGGAGCCUACCCAGUCAAAAAAGGAAUUACCUUUACCGCCAUGGUUCUCUGGAAACCAUUUAAACCAAGAUUUUGCUAACGAUAGAUCUGAGGACGGUUCUAUCGAAAAAUAUCGAGAAGAGACCAUGACGCCGAAUUAUCAGUUUUUGCGGGACCAUAGAUCGCCUGAUGUCAUUAAUCCCAAGGGUGACCACGAGGUGGUUGAUUUGGAAGCUGAUUCUGAGAAAGAACCGUCGGUCGAAGUUACUUCAGAUAUGGAGAAGGCCAAUGAUACUGCUGUGCAUUUAAUUGAAGAUCGGCCUGCGCCUAUGAUCCCAACCUCGAAAGUCCAGGAGACUAGAGGAGCUUUGGAAACACCGAUGAAAGACAUGUCAGGGGUCGAAGAAGUCUAUGAAUGGGACGCCACAGGUGACGAGAAAUCGAAUAUUGGCCCUGAAAGGAGAGUCUCACGUACAGAACAGUCACUGUCACCUGAGUUUGAGGAUGCUCCAAUGGAAAAGAAGAAAAAUAUCCCAGAUAUAAUUGAACCUGUCUCUCAUGCAGAUACUGGUUUGCAGGCGGCCAUAGACACUGACCAACAGGAGACAUUUGUGGAGGAAGAUGGAGACGUUACUGACCCUGAAGAUGAAGAUUUAAUGAGACAGCUUGCAGCAGAAGCCGAAGAGCACGCUAGGUUUGCAGCGUCACUGAACUCCACGGCCCAUGCGCAGAGUGCUUUCGACUAUGAACAAGAGCUAAAACAGCUACGCUCUCAGCAGCAAAAAGACCGCAGAGACGCUGACGAAAUCACUCAGGUCAUGAUCACAGAGUGUCAGCAAUUGUUGGGGCUCUUUGGACUACCUUACAUCACAGCCCCGAUGGAAGCAGAGGCGCAGUGCGCGGAGCUGGUGUCGUUGGGACUCGUGGACGGGAUUGUGACCGAUGACAGCGAUGUUUUCUUAUUUGGCGGCACGCGAAUCUACAAAAACAUGUUCAACCAGAGCAAGUUUGUAGAGUGCUAUCUGGCAUCAGACCUGGAGAAGGAAUAUGCUCUCCAUCGCAAGAAACUGAUUAGUUUUGCCCACCUGCUAGGCAGUGACUACACAGAGGGCAUACCAGGAAUUGGCCCCGUUACCGCUCUUGAGAUCCUCACAGAGUUCCAGAGUCUAGAAGAGUUCCGCGACUGGUGGACGGAAGUUCAAACUGGUAUGCCCAACGGCCAGGAAGCGCACCCUGCAUUCUACAAGAAGUUCCGAAAAACUGCAUCGAAGAUCUUUCUCCCACCUUCGUUCCCUGAUUCGCGCGUUGCCGAGGCCUACCUAAACCCCGAAAUUGAUUCGGACCCAUCCCCGUUUCAGUGGGGAGUGCCGGACCUGAAUGGGCUGCGGAAUUUCCUCAUGGCUACGGUGGGGUGGAGCCAGGAACGCACAGACGAGAUUCUGCUCCCCGUCAUUCGCGACAUGAAUCGAAGAGACCAGGAAGGUACGCAGUCGAAUAUCACUAGGUUUUUCGCUGGGAAUCAAGGGGCCGGUGCGUUUGCGCCCCGGGUCCGUGAUGGAGGAAAGAGUCGUAUGGAAAAGGCGUUCAGUCGACUUCGCCGGGAAGCUGCAUCGAGAAGCGGAAAUCCAGAAGACGGAGAACGUGAGAGCGACAGUAUUCACGAGACCCGCGACAAUAGCGCGAACAGUGUCGGACGGGGAGGAAUGAGUACAAAACGGGGAACACGGGCUAACGCUGAGCAACCAGAUGGCAAUAAUGAUGCCAUGGAUGGGAGAUCGACGAGCAAGAAACGCAAAACACAGCGACGCAGUAAAGCCACGUGA